GGCAGUCUCUAUUUCUUCAAUUAACUAAAGAAAGUAGAAUGCAAUCAUCUAUUGGAAAAGGCUUUCAACUUUUCCCAUUUCUUAUUAUUUUAUUUGUUAGCCUUUGCCUUAGCCAUGUGUGUUGGAUCCAAGUUCGAGCCAACUCCGUUUUGAAUUCCACAGAUGAGAGCAGAUCUACGGAUCCAUUUCUUUUGUCUACAAGCUUACCUGUGGACACAGCCUUCAAGUUUCCAUCUGCUUUACCUGUAAUCCCUUCGGAUAAGAGUGAUUUUGGGAAAGGAAGGAUAGAUCUGGGAGGUCUCGAGGUGAUCCAAGUCUCCAUCUCAACCUCAACAUCAAAGCAAGUAUGGAGGACGUACGAGGGCAUGGGGCUCACUAUCUAUCAACCUAUCAACCUUCCUCCCAGCUUCUUCACGCUUGGCUUCUAUGCCCAACCCAACAACCGUCAGCUUUUCGGCUGGGUUCUUGCUGCAAGAGACGUGUCUGGAGAUAGCUUGAGGCCACCCGUUGGCUACAUUGCUGUCAUGAACACUACAUCAAUGAUUAUCAAGCAAGACGGUCCUGCGUACUUUUGGCAGCCCCUAUGUCCCAAAGAGUACCAAGCGGUUGGUCUAUAUGUCACUACUUCUCCUCUGGAGCCAUCUUUAAGUCAAGAAUCUAUAAGCUGCGUUCGAUCCGAUCUUACAGAAAAGAGUGAAGCCGAUACAUGGGUUUGGGGGACAGAAGAACUGACCAUUUCUAGCAUGAGACCGGCCAACAGAGGAACAGAAGCAACGGGCGUGUACACAGGGACAUUCAGUUGCCAGCGGCCAAACUUCUCUCCACCUCCACCUCCUCUCUUCUGCUUGAAUAAUACAAGAUUUGGCUUGUCUAGCAUGCCAAGCAAAGAUCAAACUAGCCUACUGUUUAAAACGUAUUCACCGUGGGUGUAUUUGCAUCCGGAUGAAGAUUUCCUCCCUUCCUCUGUCGAGUGGUUUUUCUCAAAUGGUGCCCUUUUAUUCCAGAAAGGGAACGAAUCAAACCCCGUCCCAAUAAAACCGGACGGUUCAAACCUUCCGCAAGGCGGUUCGGACGAUGGUUUGUUCUGGUUGGAUUAUCCGGCGGAUAAGGACGCAAAGGAAAGGGUGAAGAGGGGAGAC